AUGCCCACAUCACACAAUUACGAUGCUUCGGUUCACUUGCAGAAGAGAAGCAGGUGGAGGCUGAUAUGUAUCGUUCUUGUAUGUACAAGCGCCAUGAUCGUGAAUAUCGCAAACUCAGCGGCGGUAGCUAUACUACUACCGGCCAUAAGCUCAGAGCUCGACGUUGAACCGGCCAACUUGCAGUGGGUUCAGUCAGCUUAUUCCCUAAGCUCGGGAUGUUUUCUCCUACUGUUCGGCAGGCUGGCAGAUCUGUACGGACGUAAGAGGGUCUUCCUUCUUGGGUUCACCGUCAUUGGAGCAUUUGCUCUGGGUGUAGGCUUUGCUCCUAAUCAGAUAGGGUUGGACCUUCUUCGUGCAAUUCAGGGCUUGGGUGGCGCCGCUGUCGUACCUGCCGCGCUUGGCAUUCUUGCACACACCUUCCCACCCUCACGAGCUCGCUCUAUCGCCUUCUCUACCUUUGCAGCCGGCGCCCCUCUAGGUGGCGCGUUCGGAUACGUGUUUGGUGGGGUUCUGGUCCAGCUCACAGACCCUACCUGGCGCUCGGCAUUUUAUCUGUAUACCGGGUUAUGCGGACUGAGUAUUGUCGUUGGUUAUUUCACAAUUGACCCGGACCAACCGUCACAAGAACUGGACAGGCGUGUAGACUGGAUUGGAGCUGGUUUGGUCACAACUGGGCUGGUGUUAAUCAUAUUCGUACUGAGCGACUCGCCAUCCGCCCCUCAGGAGUGGCGUACGCCCUAUAUUAUAGCCCUGCUCAUCGUCGGCUUCAUCUUCAUCCUGCUUUUCCUCGCAUGGCAACGCUUCCUCGAACGUCUCCGUGCUUCACUUGGACUCGACCUCCACCCUGACCCUAGCAUACAAAAUACUCAUGGCUUCAUCCCCGAACCCUCGAAACUCUCCUCCGAUGCCGAAGCCCAUCUCAAGUCACUGCGUUCUAAAUGGUGGGCCGCGCCACCACUCAUGAAGCUCUCCAUGUGGAAGCGGGCGAACGGGAGAUUCGCAGCCAUGCAAUUUAUCGCCUGUCUUAACUGGUGCUCGUUUGUUUGUUGGUCGUACUGGGUACAGCUGUAUUACCAGAACUAUAUGGGAUUGACCCCUAUAAAUAGCAUGGUACGAAUACUGCCGACCUCGAUCGUAGGUGUUCUUUGCAAUGUUGUCAUGGCCAUGAUUGUCGGCCAUGUACCCCUCGUGUGGCUCAUCGCUUCCGGCACGAUGCUCACGGGGUGUGCGAACGUCUUCUUUGCCGCCAUUGACCCCUCUCUACCUUACUGGGCACUCCAGUUUCCAUCCGCCUUGAUCAUCGUCGUAGGCGCAGACUUUGUAUUCGCAGCCGGAACCCUUUUCAUCGCCAAAAUCUGUCUCCCACACGAACAAUCCGUCGGCGGCGCCAUCUUCCAAACCAUGACCCAAAUCGGCUCCACCUUCGGUCUCUCCAUCAGCACCAUCGUCUACAACGCCAUCGUCCGCUCCAAAGCCGCUAAGCUCGGCGUCGAGGUCACCGGUUCCACGAGCGACUCAGACAUCCCCAAGGCGGCGUUGUUGGGGGGAUAUAAGGGCGCGCAUUGGACUGCCUUCGCGUUCGGUAUUGCUGGUACCGUCAUGGGAAUCCUGUUCCUUCGGGGCGUCGGGAUUGUGGGGCACAAGAAGACGAAGCUGAGGGACAGAACCGCCGAGGAAGGCGUGGACGCAGAAGGGAAGCAAACCCCGCAGAGCGAGCAACACACUCGAGAGCGAGAACACGACAAAGCUAUCGAGGAGACGUUAAGCAGCUCAGUAGUCCAGGAGAAGACUACUGCCUAGGGUUUUUGUUUUCUAUCUUCACGAGAGGUUUCAUCAUAUAGACUUCUGAUCUACGUAGAGGGUUGCUUUAGAAUGUACGACGCG